GAAAGGGAAGGAGGGAUAAAGGAAGAGGGGAGUGCACGACGCAAACCCCAACGCCGGGAUAUCUUGCCGUUCGGGCUCCCGUCGAGAGAAGGCAAACCUGCUCAGGAUCACCUGGUCUCCACUCUAUAUAGAGUUAUGGAUCCUUGCCGGAGGAAGCAGAUAAGAUGGAGAACUACUUUAUUACAACAGUGUGUUUUGCUGCUGACCUAUGUUGCAAUUAUACUGGAAGCAGUGCCUAUAGAUGUAGACAAGACAAAAGUAAAGGAGGAAGAAAAAGACAGCGCAACAGUAGAAAAUCCGGACACUGGAUUGUAUUAUGAUGCCUAUCUCAGGCAAGUGAUAGAGGUUUUGGAGACAGACAAACAUUUCAGAGAGAAACUCCAAACAGUAGACAUAGAACAAAUAAAGAGUGGAAAGUUAAGCAAAGAGCUAGACUUAGUUGGCCAUAAGGUGAGAACAAAACUGGAUGAACUGAAAAGGCAGGAAGUUGCAAGAUUAAGGAUGUUAAUCAAAGCCAAGAUUGAUGCAUAUCAAGAUUCUGGCGUAGACCAUCAAGCUCUUCUCAAACAGUUUCGGCAUCUGAACCAUCAAAACCCUCACACUUUUGAAGUUAAAGAUUUAGAUAUGUUAAUCAAAACUGCUACACAUGACUUAGAAAACUAUGACAAUGAACGUCAUGAGGAGUUUAAAAAGUAUGAGAUGAUAAAAGAACAUGAAAGGAGAGAAUAUUUAAAAACUCUGGAUGAAGAAAAGAGGCACCAAGAAGAAGCAAAAUAUGAGGACAUGAAAAAAAAGCACAAUGAUCACCCCAAAGUUAACCAUCCUGGAAGUAAAGACCAACUGAAAGAGGUAUGGGAGGAAACAGAUGGCCUAGAUCCUAAUGAUUUUGAUCCAAAGACUUUUUUCAAGUUGCAUGAUGUCAAUGCUGAUGGUUUUCUGGAUGAACAGGAAUUAGAAGCUCUAUUUACUAAGGAGCUAGAGAAAGUCUAUGACCCCAGAAAUGAAGAGGAUGAUAUGGUAGAAAUGGAAGAAGAGAGGCUGCGAAUGAGAGAGCAUGUCAUGAAUGAGGUUGACAUUAACAAAGACCGGUUAGUCACCUUGGAAGAGUUCAUGAGAGCUACAGAGAAAAAAGAGUUUUUGGAGCCAGAAAGCUGGGAGACUCUGGACCAGCAGCAGGUCUUCACUGAAGAAGAAUUGAAGGAAUUUGAAAGUCACAUUUUCCAGAAAGAAGAUGAAUUGCAAAAGCAGGCAUUAGAACUCCAGAAAAAGAGGGAAGAGCUACAACAGCAACAAGACUUCCUUCAGGCUCAGAAACAAGAACUUGAAAUGGCUGUUAAACAAAUGGAACAGAAGAAAUUACAGCAAGGACAUCCCCCUUCAGGUCCAGGUGGAGAACUGAAAUUUCAGCCAUCUGUGUCACAAUUAGAUGGAAAUGUGCAAAAUCAUCCAGUGAGCAGCAAUCAGCCUUUAGUGCCAGGAAAUAUACCAGUGCAAGAAGCAGCUGCUAGAUCGGAUCAUGCCCAGUCUCAUCCUUAACCAGUUGUGCCUCGGUUUAUACACAUUUUGUGGGUGGGUGGGUGAAAUAAUCAGAAACUAAAAAGAAAUGUGAAAAGAAGGAUAAUUUUAAGUUUCAUUUCACGUGUGGGAUUCAUAUAGGCUGAAAAAUCCAAAUUCAGUGUGUAGAUCUUCAAAGGCACAAAUGAUAUAAUACGGGAUCCUAAAGUUGUGGAUAUUCUAGUUUUGUUGUUACACAUUGGUAGACAACAGGAUAUCGUAACUUUUUCCUUGCAGAAUCUUAUUUUUGUCUCAGGUAUAAUUUGGCUUCCUAUCAAUUGUGCUUUUGAAAAUCUUUUUCCUGCUUCUCCUUUAAAUCAUCUAUAGAGAUAUUGUAAAGAAGAAAGUCUAAGAUAAGUAAAAACCCUUAAAUUUCUCGAUGUUCUCCAUUGCUAAUGGGUUUGAAGUUGGAGAAGUUUAGAACUAGUCUAAACAAGAGACAACAUCUCCCACCCCCAUUUCAGUUCAUAAUGGUAUGUUCCUAAAAGUGCCAACACCUUAGAGUUGUAAUUUCAUGGCUGUGGAUGAAUGAGUUAUAACAAUUCCUUUGGUUUUCAGUAUCCAUUGAAAAGAAACAUCUGUGAUCCACUUGCAAAAAAUUCUACUUUUUAAAAGAAGUGUAAUUGCAGCAUGGAGCCAUGGGAAACAGUGAACGUAUCUUCUGUUUUAUAAAAGCCUAUGAAUACCAGCGUGAAAAUUCGGUACACUGAAAUACUGUGCUUGGAGUGCAUUGACUUAGCCAUCUUUAUUGUUGCUAACUGAAUGCAGUUCAUUGCUGCAUUUUGGCUGCAAAGAGGAUACUUUUCUUCUCCUUCCUUGUGUAAUAUGCCAGUUGCAUUUAUCUCUCUACGAACUAUGCAAGGAAGCGCUUUAGAUGGCAGAAAUAUUUUUAGAAUUAACAAAGACCUUGCAUUGUUUUUUCAUCAUAAAAGAGCCAUUUCAAAAUCAAUGUUUGUCAGACACUGCAUUUUGAACGUUAUCGAAAUACUUAAUCACAUUACAUUAUUUGAGAGGACUACAAAUAUAAAAGGCAUGCAUAUUCUCCAUCAUUUUAACACAGACAGAAAUGUCCAGAAGCUUACAGUUCAAACCCAAUUCGUUCUUUCAACUGGGAAAUACAUCCACUCCUCCCUUAUAUUAACUUUGAUUUUGAUGCAAGUACUGUUGAUCUAAACAGAAAUGUUUGCUGGUCUAAAUUCUCCUCAAUUCGUAAUAAGACUUAAAAUCCAAAUUAUUUUCUGAAAGUAACAUUUCUCUGUGACUGAAUUAAAAGGGGGAUGAUUAAAAAAAUAAGAACACAGACCAUCUUGUUACUGAAGAAUUAUAAUUACUUUUAUUUCCAGGAAAUGGGACAUAAUGUAUAAUUAUUUAUAUAGGCAAUUUAAAAAAAAAUAGUUUUUGUAUAUAACAAAAUGAAAAAAAAAAACCCUCUUUUCAGUAGAAAAAUGAAAAGGGUCCCUUGUUAAUACUGAUUUUGACCUCCAAAUGGAUUAAAUUCUCUUUCAUAAAACAAUUUUAACUAUUAUAGAAACCCUGUCCUUCCCUGAGCGACGCUUUCAAGCUUUACAUUACACAGAACUAGGAAGUUUCCCAUUUUGGAUUUUAUUAAGGACCAUGUAACUCAAAGUAUUAUAAUAAUAAUAAAGUUGGAAGGGACCUUGAAGGUCAUCGAGUCCAACCCCCUGCUCAGGCAGGAAACCCUAUACCAUUUCAGACAAAUGGCUGUCCAGUCUCUUUCUUAAAAACUUCCAGUGUUGGAGCUUUCUCUGUCUCUUAGAUUAAAUGGAAUAUGUGGGCUCUUCCCUGUUCAGUAUUUUCCUUCAAUCUCACUUACCCAAGGCUGUAAUUGAAUCCAAUGGCAAAAUGUGCCAAAAGCAGAAUAUAAAGUAGUGAAGGGUCUAUAAAAUAGUAAGUUCUCACAACUUGCCUCUUACAGUUAGAAAGAUAAUAUUGGGGUUUUUUUUAAUGCAGUCAGCCUAUUGUUAGGCUUGUAAAUGGAGUUUGUUCCCCCCCCUUUUUUUUAACUCAGCUAGAUACUUCUCUGUUUGCUGUGUGUAGUUCUAGGAUACAUUGCAUGGCAUAGGGCAGCCAAAUGGAAGGAACCACUGGGAACCCCGUGUUGAAUGAAUUCUUAUUUGGAUUUUGUAGCUGUAGCCCAAAAGAGUAUUCAUGGUUUAGUUUUUAUUUAUUUCUUAUACCGAAGAUCCAACUAGCCAAUCAAUAGAAACUUCCACAGAAAGUUUUCUGUUUUCUAGAGUCAACAUCUUGAACACAUAUUGUGAACCUUUCUUGUGGGUUACAAAUAUGACCUGUAAAAGGUAUCUUCUGUGUUUUAUUUGCAGUCAUGCACAUGUUUAUAGCUCUAUUAAUACACUGUCCUUUAAUUUUAUGUGGUAUUCAUCCCUUUGUUUUAGGUUAUAAAUAUAAUCAAAGAAUUGGAUAGUGCGGAAUCCAAUUCCAGUUAUUGUCUUUUUCAGUUUGCUUCAAAAAUGUUCAGAUUACCAAUGUCUUAUUUUAAAUGUCCUAUUCCGUACCAAGUAAAAUUUGCAAAGAGAGACGGAGUAUGAUCACCCACAGAGGCCACUGUAACUAUUCACAGCACCAGGGAAGUUGACAAGUGGAAAUGGGAUGAGGUUUGCCCUGACUAUUACAUCAAUUGGAAUCUUUGAAGUACUGCCAUGCUGGGUAUAGCUUGAGGGGCUGGUUAUAAGGGAAAGUAACGUUCACAGCACAAUUUCAGACUGCAUACUUUUCCACCCAAUUACUGUUAACUGGAAUUUGAUAGCGGUGGAAUUUAGAGUUGAGAAGAGGGGAAGGCCAUGAAUUUGAAUUAUCUACGGGAAGAUUCGGCAGUUGCCAAAUUGUCUCCUCUUCCAGUCUCCUCAUCCCAAAAUCACCCAUCCAAUCACCUGAGCAAAAAAGGAACCAUGAAAAAUCACUAUCCCAUUUGCCUUCCAUCAGGAGGGAGCCCCUGGCAUUUCAUUUCAUAAAUGCAUUGUAAGAUAAGUUAUAUUCAUUUCUUAAAGCAAUUUGUGUUCAGGUGGUAUAUUUCUGGUAAUUGCCAAUUUAUCAGAGAAGUAAUUGGAUUAUUAUCAGGUUUCCUUUUCCUUUGCACAACUUCAUCUUGAACCUUAUCAGGACAAGAGUACCUUGGAUGUAAAGAAUGGCAAAGUUGUACAUAUCCAUAUGCUCUCACGUGCAAUAUUUGUAAGAAGAAUGUUGUUCCACUUGUGCUUUGUAUAAUUUUUAAUCAGAUUAAAUUGAAUUCAAACUCA